GAACUCAACGUCUCUCGGAAUUCAUUGCAAUGAGCAUUAAAUUUCAAGAGUUUUCUGGAGUAACAGGCACCCAAAAGUAAGAAAAUAACUGCAUCACGACGUCAACUUUUGUUUGGUGCUCCAAGCUAGUCCUCUGACGCCUGCCUGAUUUUAUUAACUAUGGAAGCCAUCAAAAGAAACACUGAAUUUCAAAAUUUACAGACCCGUAAUUUGGCGUGUAAUGGGGCUAAGCUAAAAGAGUCGACAAUGAUAAAAGAUAAAGCAAAAUCAACUGCUGAUAUCAGAGAGAACAUUAGGCCAAUUUUAGGAGAAAUUCAUAAUGUCAAUCGUACUAAAAUUGAUGCAGAACUCUGCAAGCGUGUUGAAAACAAACUCAGUAUUGGACGCAAAUUUAACCCAUUUGUGCAUGUUAAAUCGAAAGUUGACUCAAAUUUGCAUCCAAUAAAUAAAACAGUAAUUCGACGGCACCAAAGUUGUGUAAAUUUAGACACAAAGAAGAUUGCUCAGAACAAAACUAUUAGAUCUGACAAACUCAAAUCUGAGGCCAAACAUGGCCCAAAAUUAAUUUUAAAUCCAUAUUUACCAAAAUCAAAAAAUGAAGAGGCACAAGAAAUCGACUUUACUCCAGAAUUAAUAAAAAAACUUGACAUGAUAGAAUAUGCUGAUAUUUUAAAUCCGUUGAUGGUUGUUGAAUACAAGAAAGACAUAUAUGAAUAUUUGAUGACUCUGGAAAAAAGUGAUCCUGUGCAACAAAACUUUCUUCAGGGGAAGGAGAUCAAUAAAAAAAUGCGUGAGAUUCUAAUUUCCUGGCUGAUAAAUGUACACACUGAAUUUUCAUGUCUUUUGGAUACAUUACAUUUGACAAUUUCCAUAUUGGACCGAUUUUUAACAAAAGUAAGUCAUAUCACCAAGGAUAACUAUCAAUUAGUUGGCUUGUGUGCAAUGAUCUUAGCUUGCAAAUAUGAAGAGAUGUAUGUUCCUGAUAUACAUGAUUUCAUGUACGUGUGUCAAGAUGCUUACAAUAAACAACAAAUUAGAAGCAUGGAAUAUGAAAUGCUACGCACUUUAAAAUUUAAUUUGAGUCCACCACUACCUAUUAACUUCCUUCGAAGAUUCAGUAAAGUUGCAAAUGCAAAUCCAAUUCAUCAUGCUAUGUCAAAGUUUUUUGUUGAGUUACUGCUUUUUGAAUACACAACUUGCUAUUAUAAACCAUCUAUGAUGGCUGCGGCAGCUAUAUGCUUGUCCUUUGCCCUCCUGAACAAAGAUCCAGUGUUGCCAUCCAAAGCUUGGACACCUGCUUUGCAGUACUAUUCUACAUAUAAAUACCCUGAAAUUGAUGCUGCUGUAAAGAUGCUUGCAAAAAUUAUACACAAAGUGGCAACAAAGGAUCAUGCUAUUGCAAAAAAAUAUGCUGAUUCCAAAUAUAUGAAAGUUUCAAAGCAUAACUCCUUACACUCUGUGAUUAUACUAAAAUUGGUUAAAGACUAAACUAGCUGUGUUGGACUAUUUUAUUUAACAUUUUAUCUUACGAUUAAUUUAUGUGAGGUUUUAUCCAUUUUUAUAUUCAAUAUAU